CAGAACUCAGCCUUGUGCAUGCUUUCCAUCAACGAUGCCUCGUUAGCUUUCUGCCUCUUCUUCCCCUCCACAACCGGUUGUAGGCAACUAAACUGCCCCAAGUACACUAUAUACCCAGAAAGGUGCACAAACCGGUUGAGCGGCUGCAUUUUUUUUCUGCCGACUAUUGUCGUCCAUCGACCUGAACUUAUGGAGCCGUAGAGGUGCGAACACUACCUACAACACUAUGCGAUAGUGGCUGCCCGCCGAACUUGGAAACCGCCGACCAACAUUUAACCCAACUACAGCCCAACCGUGUCGUGACCCGAUUUCGCUGCCUAUUACUUCGCUGGCAUAGGCAGAGGUGACCUAAGGUGUCACCCUACCCCCCCUCUCGGGUGAAUGCCGCAGCCAUGGCGAGCAGCCUCAUCGAGGAUGUCGUGAGGAAGUUGAGUGUGUCUGAGAUAGAGUUGCGGGUCAAGGUCGAGGCGGCCUCGAUGCUGCGCGACAGUCUCGACCACUACACCGCUGGCCCCGGCUAUCCAAUCUUCCUCAAGCGAUUAAUGCCCGUCUUCAUCAAUAUCCUCCGCCAGCCAUGCGUUCUCCAGACCACCUCGCCCGACCAGGCGAACAUGCAGAAGCUGCGCAACUGCGUGCUCGAAAUCUUCCACCGGCUGCCCACAGCACCGUCCCCCCCGGAACCCUUCGAGCCGUACGCCGAGGAGACGGUCGAUCUCCUCAUGAACCUCGUCCGAACCGACAAUGAGGACAAUGCGGUGCUCUGCGUCAAGAUCAUCUCCGACAUCAUGCGCCACCAGCACAAGGUUUUAGGGUCCAAGGUCCAGACAUUCUUGUCGUUGAUUCAGGAACUCUUCGAGCAGUUGGACAGAGUUGUCCGGGAGCAGCUGGACAAUACAUCAUCAGCCGGUCCCCCAGGAGCACCGGGAGCGCCAACUACGCCCGGCAGCACGCAGACCACCUUCUUGCCGCACCAGCAGUCACCAAGGCCGGGGUCGCCAGUUGCCACGGGAGCCCCCGACUUCAAUACCGACAGCAACCAGCAGUCGGGCCGCCCUUUGCUCAAGGGUACGCAGUCCUUCAAGGUCCUUGCCGAGUGCCCCAUCAUUGUGGUAUCAAUAUUCCAAGUCUACCGGUCGACCGUCUCUCAGAACGUCAAGGCAUUCGUGCCUUUGAUCAAAUCGGCUCUGUUAUGCCAGGCCAAGGCCCAGGACCAGGCGCACAGGGACGCAGCGGCUCGUAAAACGAUCCACACCGGAGUCAGCCCGAACAUCAAGAAUCGGGUGGGUUUUGGGGACUUCAUCACUGCCCAGGUGAAGGUCAUGAGCUUUUUAGCCUAUCUGUUGAGACAAUACGCAAAGCAGCUCUCAGAUUUCCUGCCCGCUCUACCCGAUAUCAUCGUCCGGCUUCUCAAGGAUUGCCCGCGGGAGAAGUCCGGGGCGAGGAAAGAAUUGCUGGUUGCGAUUCGCCACAUCAUCAAUUUCAACUUCCGAAAGAUUUUCCUAUCCAAGAUUGACGAGCUCUUGGACGAGAGAACCCUGGUCGGGGACGGUUUAACCGUCCAUGAGACGAUGCGGCCACUGGCAUACAGCAUGCUGGCCGAUCUCAUCCACCACGUUCGUGACAGUCUCACCCCCGAGCAGAUCCGCAAAACGGUUGAGGUAUACACCCGGAAUCUCCAAGACAAUCUCCCCGGGACCAGCUUCCAGACCAUGAGCGCAAAGCUCCUACUUAACAUGGCCGAGUGUAUCGCUCGUCUGCCGAACAAGGUUGACGCCCGGCAUUAUCUCAUCAUGAUCCUCAACGCCAUCGGCGACAAAUUUGCUGCCAUGAACAGGCAAUAUCCCAACGCGGUCAAGCUCUCUAGGCAAUACGCCCAGCAGGCGAACGAGAAGGAGACGUACCUCGCCGACAAGGAGCACCCCCCUGAAUGGGAUGAGGUUGAUAUCUUCAACGCCAUGCCCAUCAAAGUGUCUAAUCCCCGGGACAGGCUUACCGAUCCGGUAGUGGAUAACAAGUUUCUCUUCAGAAAUCUCAUGAACGGGCUUAAGAAUACCUUUUAUCAGCUGAAAAGCUGCAAUCAGCCAGGUGCGGUUGAUUUGACCGGUGCGCCAGCGCACUGGACCGACGUUGCCUAUGGCUUCACGGCCGAGGAAGUCAAGGUGAUUACCAAACUUUUCCGCGAGGGCGCCUACGUGUUCAGGUACUACGAGAUUGAGAAGCCGGCAUCCGAAUCACCCUACACCUCCACAGUUGAGUACAUGGCAAACUUCUAUAUGAUUUCGAGCAGCAAGGAGGAGAAAGAGCUGCUCGAGACAUUCGCCACAGUAUUCCAUUGCAUUGACCCUGCCACUUUUCACGAGGUGUUUCAGCAGGAGAUCCCACGACUUUACGAAAUGAUUCAUGAGCAUACGGCCCUUCUCCAUAUACCCCAGUUCUUUUUGGCCAGCGAGGCUACCUCACCCAGCUUCUGCGGCAUGCUUCUGCGCUUCUUGAUGGAGCGGAUCGAGGAUGUUGGCUCCGCAGACAUCAAGAAGUCGUCCAUUCUGCUUCGCCUCUUCAAACUGGCUUUCAUGGCCGUUACGCUGUUUGCGUCCCAGAACGAGCAAGUGCUUCUGCCGCAUGUUGUUGACAUCGUCACAAAGUCAAUCGAGCUGUCAACCAAGGCGGACGAGCCGAUGAACUACUUCCUCUUGCUCAGAUCCUUGUUCAGAAGCAUCGGGGGCGGCAAGUUUGAGCACCUCUACAAGCAGAUUCUACCUCUUCUAGAGAUGCUCCUUGACGUCCUGAACAAUCUGCUCCUGGCCGCUCGCAAGCCCGCUGAGCGAGACCUUUACGUUGAACUUUGCCUCACCGUACCGGCUCGUCUCAGCAAUCUCUUGCCCCACCUCAGCUUUCUCAUGCGUCCGCUGGUCGUUGCGUUGCGUGCAGGCACGGAAUUGGUUGGCCAGGGACUUCGAACGCUCGAGCUGUGCGUCGAUAAUCUCACUGCUGACUACUUGGACCCCAUCAUGGCGCCCGUCAUCGACGAGCUGAUGACAGCCCUCUUUGACCACCUCCGGCCUCACCCAUAUAGUCACUUCCAUGCCCACACUACUCUCCGGAUUCUUGGAAAGCUUGGCGGUCGGAACCGAAAGUUCAUGACGGACGCUCUCCCGGUCACAUUCCAACAAUAUGUCGAUGACCGGUCGAGUUUCGACGUGCGGCUCAUCGGAUCCAAGCAUGACAGGGCAUUCCCGGCGCAUCUGGGUGUCGAUCUAGCCAUUCAGAAAUUGAUGGAAGUACCGAAACCCAUCAAGGGUGGGACACCGCCGCCUUCAAAGCAAUACGACCCUUACUACAAGAGGCAGGCCUUAAAUCUCAUUAUCGCUCAGGUCAAGUUGAGGGUAGGCUACGACACCCUGCCAGAUGACCUCCCGCGGCUCGUUCGCCUUCAGGUUCAGGACCUAAUCGCACGCAAUAAAGAUAUUGACCUCCCCGCGUUCGAAAUGUCCGAUAGGGAACGGUCCACGGCCAAAAAAGAUGACGAGGAAAACCUGCUCAAGCGCUUAAUCAAGGCUCUCAUGUUUGCUCACUCGAUCCCCGAUUUCAGGGCCGAGGUUGAUGCGCUCCUCCUGAAUUUGGCUCGUCACUUCACCAUCAUUGAGGUCGGGCGGGCGCUAGUAGACAUGAAGCGGACGUUUAGUCCAUUCGACCCGAAGUCGGGCGAAGGGCCGCUCUUUCUUGAUAAUAGAGUCUUAUCGGAUGCUAUCAUGGAGUCCCUUGCUUCUGAAAACCCAGAGAUCCGUGACGCUGCCGAGCGCCUGAUCAAAGAGAUGUACAACUCGGCAGUGAUCAUCUUUGGGUCGCCGGCACAUGUCGCUCGCUUGACGUUCUUCAAUAGCCUGGCGUCCACGUUUUGCCACGGCUGCUACGGGGAGGAGUGGUUCACCAAGGCAGGCGGAGCUCUGGGCAUCAAGGCUCUCCUUACUUACGUCGAUCUUGGAGACCUCUGGGUUGGGACAAAGCAGAUCGAUUUUGUCCGCGCUCUAAUGUAUGUCAUCAAGGACAUGCCCCAAGAUCUUCCGGAGAAGACCAGGAGAUCGGCACAGGUCACCCUCGAGCUACUCCUGACGCGGGUUACCAAAAACAUCAAGAAGGCCGACUGCUUGCCUGCUCCGCCUCCGGCACAGCCGCAGCCCCCGCAACCGGCGCAAUUGCAACCCAAGCACUCGCGGCUUGCUCAGAUUGUCAUGAUGCUCAAUGGGGAGCUCUCGCACAUGAACCGUCAUGUCCGUGACACCGCAAGGCGGUCGCUUGAGCUCAUUAGCAAGGCAGCGGGCGCCGACGUAUGGGAACUGCUUGAACCCCAUCGGAAGCACCUGCUCCAGCCCAUCUACGCUAAGCCACUACGAGCUCUGCCUUUCCCCAUCCAGAUUGGGUUCAUCGACGCCGUGACGUAUUACAUGUCGCUGAAGCGCGAUUUUGUGGCUUUCGACGAGAACCUGGACCGGCUGCUUAUGGAGUCGCUGGCUCUGGCCGAUGCAAGCGACGAAUCGCUCGCUGGCAAGACGCUAGAGUUCAGAACCCAUCAUUUCAUCGUCAACCUUCGCGUGUCCUGCAUAAAGAUACUGAGCACCGCGAUGGGCUUUGAUGAAUUUGGUAACGGCGCCACGAGAGCCAGAGUCGUGUCCGUCUUCUUCAACCUGCUAUACUCUGAGUCUCCGACAAUAAUCGAGGCAGCCAACGAUGCACUGAAAGCGGUCCUGCAGUAUACCAACAAGCUUCCAAAAGACUUACUGCAAAAUGGCCUCCGUCCUGUGCUGCAGAGCCUGCAGGACGUGAAGCGCCUGACCGUCCACAGCCUCGAAAGCCUAGGGCGACUCCUGAAGCUCCUGACCACCUACUUUAAGGUGGAAAUAGGGUCGCGCCUCCUCGAUCAUGUCAAGCAGAUCGCGGAACCUGGUUUUCUACAGCAGAUUUCGUUUACCUUUUUCGAGCAGCACAACUCGACGAAGGUGAUCGCCGCCGUGUUUGACAUCUUCCACCUUCUGCCCGAAGCCGCCAAGCAGUUCAAAGAACGGGUCAUUGAUAACGUUUUGGACUUGGAGGAGAAGUUGCGGCGGACUCAACACAGCCCGUUCCGCGUGCCUCUAUACAAGUAUCUCAACAAGUAUCCAUCCGACGUCUGGGCUUUCACAUUGGGCAAGCUCGAGGAUUUAAGAUACGGCCGGUUCCUGUCCCAGGUGCUGCGCCACCCGGACAGCCAGGUGCUCCGAGACUACGGCGCAGCGAAUGUCGAGUUCAUCAUUAAGACAUGCAAUAACAUCAUUGCUCAGGAAAAGGAGAACAAGUUCCCUGCGAUGGUCAAUACCAUCAACAUGCUCGACGCGCUCUGCCAGUUUCCAAACACGCUGUCUUGGUUGGAUAAUAAGGAGCAUAUCGAGUGGUUGAAGCAAGUCGGCAAGGAGCUCGAACUCAACUUGAAGGCAUAUACCUUACGGCCAGCUCUCCGUCUUCCGGCCGACCAGGCUUCCGAGCAACUCAUGGCCAUCUUAACCAAGGCUCUAGAGAGGCAUCCAAAGGAUUUGGAGCCACUUUUUAAUCUGAUCGAGUCUAUUGCAGCGGACGAGUUCCGCGAGACGCAAACCCUGCUCUCUCACAUCUACAAGCACAUCAUCUGCAGCGACUCCAUCGAGUUUUGGAGGACCGUCAUCCUCCGGUGUCUUGAGAUUUAUGCUGGGAAAAGUGCUUCACAGCGGACAAAGUGCUAUCUGCUGCACAACCUGGUGAAUCCAAUCGUCGCGAUGGAUGUGAUGCGACACUGGAAUCGCGGCGAACCAAGCAAGGGCCAGCGAUUACUCGACAAGGCAGUCAUUGAGUCGAUCAACAGCAAAAUCUGGAAGGUCAACCUGCCUGACCCGCACGAGGAUCUCUUGCAGCGGCACAUAGACCACACGCGCCUGGAGAUCCUCCAGCUCUCGGCUAUGCUUGUCAAGUAUCAUCACGCCAUCUUGCAAGACACUCGUAAGGAUUUCAUCAAGUUUGGCUGGUCCUACAUUCGCCUGGACGAUGUCAUCAACAAACACGCUGCGUACGUGGUGAUAGGAUACUUCAUCGCCCACUACGAAACGCCAGCCAAGAUCGCCGCGCAAAUCUACUUCUCACUCCUCAGGACAAACCAGAAUGAAGGCCGAGCUCUCGUCACCCAGGCCCUUGAGCUCAUGGCUCCGGUUCUGCCAAAGCGCUGCGCCGGUCUUCCUGGUGAUCGCAAUUCCAACGCAGGCGACCGCUCAAUCCCGGGAUGGGCGAUGGGUCCGCGCCGGGUCCUGGCCGAGGAAAGCCAGAAUCCCCAGCAGAUGACGUGCAUCUUCCAGUUUCUCGUGCGGCAUCCCGAUUUGUUCUACGAUUCCCGGGACAAAUACGCGAUGCUGAUGAUCCAAUGCCUCCGCAAAGUCGCACCCCCUCCCAACCCCUCGAAUGAAAACAAGAAGCUGGCCCUUAAUAUGAUGUGGCUGAUCUGGCAGUGGGAACAGCGGCGCGUUGAAGGGAAGCAGGUUGAACCGGUUCGCGAGCCUUCCGAGUCACCAAACGCCAAAAAGAGGAAGCUGGACGAGCUGCAAGGCUCGUCACCUUCGGCCCAGCGUUCGUCUGGGAAGAUGGAGUACCAGAUUCCAGCCAUGAGCCGCCAGAAGAUGAUCAAGUAUCUCGUAGAGUUUAUCGCGCAACUCAACGAGCGAUACCCACUCCCGUCCACCAAGGCUCGCGAAGUUGCUUCUCUGGCCGGCAUGGCAGUCCCACCAUCGCCAACGACGGAUCUCUGCAAGAAGGCAAUGACUUUGUUGUAUAACCUGCUCCAACCUCAGUACUGGGCUGAUCUGGAGGUGGAUCUGUUCCCGAACGUCACGGACGUAGUCUUGGCCAGCGAAAAGUCUGCGACGCUCCUGGCGGCUGAUCCAACGGACUCGGAGAAAUACGAUGAUAAGUUCAUCACCAACAUUGUCAACACUCUGCAAGUGGUUCGGAUCAUUCUCAACUUCAAAUCCGACGACUGGAUCGUCAAGAACAUGGGUCAGAUUCAAAAGAUCCUAGAGAAGUGUCUGAAGUCCGAGAAUCCGGAAAUUCAGGACUGUUUGCACCUGGCCGACAAGAAGUAUGACGGCGACCUGGAGAUCAAGGCAAUUGUCAAACGCAUCCUGGAUGCGGUUCCAGAGGAUACACCGAUGGAAGAUGCGGAUGCUGAAGGUGAAACCGAGGCGCAAACUUCCGAGAUUGUUACCUUCCUCUCAGGUAUUGCCACCGAAAGCAUGGCUGCGUCAAACUACGUAUCUGGUAUCAACAUCCUGUGGUCAUUGGGUCAGCGCAAGCCUUCGGCCAUUGACCAGCACAUACCCGCCAUCAUGAAGUCGCUGCAGUCAAAGCUUGCCCGGGAUCAUGUCUCCCAUUACGCGGCGCUGGCGCACCAGGCCAGUGGCAUCCGUCCACAGCAGGAUCCUAAUGCGCCUACCGAGAUGAAUGCCUAUGAUCUCGAGAUUCAAACGAAGUUGAUCCUCAAAGCCAUCGAGGUCACAGCAAUGCGUGUGGAGAUAUUGGGUGACAACAGAAGGCCCUUUCUCAGUGUCUUGGCCACUAUCGUGGAAAAGUCGCUGCAUGUGCCACUCUGCGAGAAGAUCCUCGAGAUGGUCGAAGGCUGGGUGUUCCGCUCCGAAGGCACCUGGCCAACGCUCAAGGAAAAGACGGCGGUUUUGCACAAGAUGAUCUCGUUUGAGCACCGUCAGGAUCCGACGAUGCUGAUGAAGUUCCUCGACCUCGUCAUCCGCAUCUAUGAGGACCCAAAGAUUACGAGGACAGAGCUGACGGUCCGGAUGGAGCACGCUUUCCUCAUUGGCACCAGAGCGCAAGACGUUGAGAUGCGCAACAAGUUCAUGACCAUCUUCGACAAAUGCUUGUCCAAGACGGCGAGCGCCCGGUUGGCCUAUGUCAUCCUGUCACAAAACUGGGAUACUCUGGCAGACUCAUUCUGGCUUGCCCAAGCAUCCCAGCUCCUCCUGGGCGGCGUGGAUAUGAGUCCCGUGAUCCAGCUCCACCAGGAAGACUUCAGCACCCUGCCGCUUUCUCAACUCUUUGGGACUUAUGCGAAGGAUACCCGCGAGCCGGAAAAUAUGAGCGAUGACAAGUUUGAUUUGUUCAUGGCGAACCACCGUCGCUUUGUGGCCGAGCUUGGCGAUGUCCGAGUGCGCGAUGUUCUGGAACCCCUGACUCAGUUGCAGCACAUCGACUCCAAUUUCGCCAGUGAACUUUGGGUUGCGCUUUUCCCGAUGUUCUGGUCCGCUACAGCCAAGGAAGACAGGCCGGAUCUGGAGCGCGGAAUGGUGACGCUCCUUACCAGGGACUACCACUCGCGACAGAUGGACAAGCGGCCGAACGUUGUCCAAUCGCUGAUGACCGGUGCUGUCAAGACCUGGCCGCACUGCAAAAUCCCGCCGCAUGUGCUCAAAUUCGAAGCCAAGACGUAUAACGCCUGGUAUACCGCCCUCUGUCAGUUGGAGAAGGCGGCUAUCAAGCCGGAAAUUGAUUCCGCAGCUGUUAGGGAAAGCAACCUCGACGCUUUGGUGGAUCUUUACGCAUCCCUUGGCGAGGAUGACUUGUUUUAUGGAACAUGGCGCCGUCGCUGCCAGUUCGUUGAGACGAACGCGGCUUUGUCGUAUGAGCAGCAUGGCAUGUGGGAGAAGGCCCAGCGCAUGUACGAAGCGGCCCAGAUCAAAGCUCGCACUGGCGUCAUUCCGUUCUCCGAGUCGGAGUACAUGCUCUGGGAGGACCACUGGGUGCUCUGCGCACAGAAGCUCCAACAGUGGGAGGUCCUGCAGGAUUUUGCUAAGCACGAGAACUUCCAAGACCUUCUCUUGGAGUGCGCGUGGCGGAAUACCGAGUACUGGCAGACCCAAGAGAACCGAGAUCAGCUGGAUACGCUAAUCAAGGGCGUCAUGGACGCACCCACGCCGAGGCGAUCAUUCUUCCAAGCCUUCAUGUCUCUUCUGAAGCUACACAACAAGCAGGAGAGUAUGCAGGAUUUCAAUCGGGUAGUGGACGAAGCGAUUCAGUUGUCGAUUAGGAAGUGGCAUCAGCUGCCCAAGCGGCUCACUGCCGCUCACAUCCCGGUUCUGCAAAACUUCCAGCAGCUUGUCGAGCUGCACGAUGCAAGUGUCAUCUGCCAAAGCCUGGCGGGCACGAACCAGAAUAACCUCGACGUGAAAUCCGGAGAGCUCAAAUUGCUGCUCGGAACGUGGCGAGACAGACUUCCCAACACCUGGGACGAUAUCGUCUCAUGGCAGGAUCUGGUGACGUGGAGACAGCACAUCUUUGGCCUCAUCAAUGCGACCUACCUUAACCUCCUCCCUCCGCAGACCCAGAAUGCUGGGGGCGUCUCGUUUGCAUACCGCGGCCACCACGAGACGGCCUGGAUCAUCAACCGCUUCGCUCAUGUCGCCAGAAAGCACAACCUCCCGGACGUUUGCAUCAAUCAAUUGAGCCGCAUCUAUACUCUCCCUAAUAUCGAGAUUCAGGAGGCUUUCUUGAAGCUGAGAGAGCAGGCCAAGUGUCACUUCCAGAAACAGAGCCCGGAAGAGCUGACGAGCGGACUCGACGUCAUCAACAACACGAACCUCAACUAUUUCAGUGCGCCACAGAAAGCCGAGUUUUACACGCUUAAGGGCAUGUUCUUGGAGAAGCUGGGCCAAAAGGAUGAUGCCGAUGGAGCCUAUGGUACCGCGCUGUAUUUUGACAUCACAGCGGCAAAAGCAUGGGCUGAGUGGGGCUAUUUCAACGACAGAAAAUUCAAGGAGAAUCCGACAGAUCUGAGUGCGGCCAAGCAGGCGCUCACCAGCUAUCUUCAGGCUGCUUCCAGCUACAAGAAUCACAAGUCGAGGAAGCUCAUCGCGCGGAUCCUGUGGCUGCUGAGCCUCGACGAUGCCAAUGGUACGAUUGCCGCCGGGUUUGAUGACUUCAAGGGGGAGAUCUUUGUUUGGUGGUGGAUCACGUUCAUUCCGCAGCUCCUUGUUGGACUUGGAUACAAGGAGGCACCGAGGGUGCAAAACAUCCUGCUCAAGAUUGCAAAGACGUACCCGCAGGCUCUGUAUUUCCAGCUCAGGACCAACCGGGAAGACAUGCUCAUGAUCAAGAAGAACCAAGAGGUCAAGGACCGGGCCAGACAGCGAGGUCAGAGCGCCGCCAACAAACCGAAUGGCUCUCCGCAGUUGAUGAAGAAGGAUGGUGUCGUAGCGCCAAAGGCUGAUUCCCGACCUCCGACAGCAAACGGAGAGGCGCCCGGACAAGUCAAACAGGAACCGAAAGCAGAAAACAACGACACCAAUGCGCCCGCUGCGCAAUCCUCUACGCCUGCACCAAAUGGUACAGCAGCGAGCGACCAGCAGGGAGGUGCGCAGAAGAAACCACCAUGGGAGCUGACCGAGGAGAUCAUGAGUGUUCUUAAGACUGCCUUCCCACUCCUUGCGCUCUCGAUGGAGACCAUGGUGGACCAGAUCCAGAAGCAUUUCAAAUGUCCGCCUGACGAGGACGCUUACAGGCUGAUUGUGGCGCUCCUUAACGACGGGCUUGCCUACGUCAGCCGCAUGCCGACAUCGUACGCGAAGGACGUCAAGCUUCCUUCGGCUACCGAGAACAACAUUACGCGGUUCGCCGAGACAAUCCUGCCGAGUCACAUUCGGGGUACGUUCGAAGCCGACUUUGUCAAAGUCAAACCGACGAUGUUCGAGUACAUCCACAAGCUUCGUAAAUGGCGCGACAAGUUCGAAGAGAAGCUGGACCGUAGAACGUCUCCGGUGCCACUGGAAAGCUUUGCGCACUACUCGCCCCAUCUCAGCGAAUUCCGGUACCAGAAGUUCGACGACGUCGAGAUUCCCGGGCAAUAUCUGCAGCACAAGGAUAAGAACCAGGAUUUCAUUCGCAUAGAACGGUUCCUGCCUGAUGUUGACCUCGUACGGACGAUUGGGGCUUCGCAUCGACGGCUCAAGAUUCGCGGCCACGACGGCAGCGUCCACGCCUUUGCGGUGCAGCAUCCCGCAGCGCGGCAUUGCCGGCGCGAGGAGCGGAUCCUGCAGCUAUUCCGGCAACUCAACCAAACGCUGGCCAGCAAGAAGGAGAGCCGACGGCGGGAUCUGCAAUUCACUUUGCCGCUCAUGGUCCCCCUCGCUCCUCACUUUAGGAUUGUGCAAGAGGAUACGUCGUACAUCACGCUCCAGGGCGUCUACGAGGACCACUGCCGGCGGAUUGGGAUGUCCAAGGAUGAGCCGGUGCUGUUUACGAUGGAGAAGCUGAGGGGGCUGGUGGAUACUAAGGGACCGAAACCAGCGGAGCACGCCGUCACGGCGCGGCUGGAGGUAUUGCGGGCGAUACAGGAAAAGUACGUGGACCACACGAUCGCGCUGGAGUACUUCCAAGGUGCCUUCCCCGACUUUGCCGACUUCUGGCUCUUCCGGCGGCGCUUUUCGUACCAACUCGCGGCGCUCACGUUCAUGACGUACAUUCUACACAUUGACAAGCGGUACCCGCACAAGAUGCACAUCGCGCGGGGGUCGGGCAACAUCUGGGGUUCUGAGCUGAUCUCGUUCAUGGCGGCCAACCGGCCAUACUUCCACAACCAGGAGCCGGUGCCAUUCCGGCUCACGCCCAACCUCCAGGCGCUCAUGGGCCCGCUCGCGACCGAGGGUAUCUUUGCCUGCUCGGUCAUGGCCAUCGCGCGGUGCCUGACGGAGCCCGAGUUCCAGCUCGAGCACGCGCUGACGCUCUUUGUCCGCGACGAGAUGAUGUACUGGUUCACCAGCAGCCACCGGUCCAUGAACCUGACCGAGAACCAGCUGCGCGAGACGGUGCAGGCCAACAGCGAGAUGAUUGUCAAGAAGGCCGUCUCCCUCGCCCAGGCGCCCGCCGGCAAUCUUCCCGCGCACCAGACUGUCAUUGAUUUGAUUGCUAAGGCCGUCAAUCCCAUGAACUUGGCGUUGUGUGACGCGUUGUGGAUGCCCUAUCUGUGAGCGGGCUUGGGGAGGGUUUGGUAAUGAUGGGGGUGGGGUUAUACGAUAAUGUAUUUUGUGGUCUGCUUGCUUUGCGGGAUCUGGACGGGGUGGAUGGAAAAAGCGGAGGCGGGCGCUAUCUGGAAUCGGAGUCUAAGGGGAUCUGAUUUUAGGUCAGGGGGUGUCGGUGGGAAUGGCGAUGGGCGGUUGUUUUUAGCCUUCUGCUGUCUAAGGUCAUUAUUUUAGUCCAGCUAAGCCAUCCAACAUUGUUUAUUUUGCUAUC